GAUACGAGCGAGCCCUGGCAGCCAGUAUGGCGGAAGAUGAAUGUUUGUACGACUUGGAUAUGCUCGAGUUACAGCUACAGUGCUUGUUGACUCGCUAUCCGAGCGACGAGUUGCAGAAGGACAGCAAGCGCUUUUGCUCCGACUACUUUGAGUUGGUGAAGGAAUACACCACUCGUUGGAGUGUACCCCUCCCUCAACUCAGGAUCAUUGAAAAGGCUCUACUCUACUUUACCCAAGCCACUUCCUCACUGACAACCAGCUGCGAUCAUCUCCUCAACACACUCAGUAGUCUGGCUCUGAGUAUUUAUGAGUUGCUACUUUUCUUUGAUGCCAACUCUUUUGACCAAGAGCCGCUGAAACAUUUUACUAGUACAUUCCAGGAAUGCUAUGCUGCCCUUGCCAGGCAUCAGAAUGUUCACUUACAGCAGGUGGCAUACCUGAUCCAAAAUGGUGGGCCUUGGGCAAGCAAGUCCAUGCAGGCGAUCCUCAGUGACUCCUGUUUGUUGCAGAAUGAAGUGGACCAAUAUCUCAGCUCUGAGCUGCCUGUGUUUUUUGAACUUCGGGUGCGCUACCUUCUGUCCUGUGGGCGGGUCACUGAAGCUUUGGCCCUGGCUAAACGUUGUGCUCAGCACCGUGCCACUGGGAAACACUUGUUCUUCCUGCAAACCUACCUCACAUGGCUGCUGAAGACUUCCCAACAGGAUCGUCUACAGAAAGAGGUGGCUGACUUUACUGGCAAGGAUGCGGUUCACAUCAUCUGCAGUUUGGAGUUUGAGGAAACGGAUGAGACACUUCUUGCCCUGAGCCGCGUCUUUCUGGCCCACCAGCUUAAGACGAGGGACAUGCAGUGUUUGUGUGAUUUGGUUUUCAUCUGGAGCAAACUUCACAAUCGGCUGGACACACCGAAGGAAGCGUUCAUUGAGGAGAGUCUUCAGCUGAUGUCCUCAUCCACUGAUGUCCACUCGAUAUUCCCCUUCAUCAGGGCACUAACUCAAGAGCUGGGCGAAGAGGCAAUGCAGUUUUGUGUGGAGAUUUGCGCCAAAGCCCUGCAGUCGUGCCUUCCUUGUGACGUCUUCACCAAGUCCCUGCUUUACAAAACCAUCGCCGGUCUCCUGCAGAACGACCUGGAGGUGUGCAGAGCAUGUGCCCUCCUCGUCUUCUUCCUGGAGCGAUCCGUGGAGGCCUACAAGCUGGUGUACGUGCUUUACAUGCACCCAGACCAAGAGUACCAUGUGGAUCAUAAUCCAAUCCAAAACCACAUACGCUUUGAAACCCUACAGGUGUUAAAAAAGGACUUGUAUUUUGACCCAGAGUUUUGGAACCUUUUUGCUCUACAGACCAACUGCUUAGAGCUGAUGAGUGAGAAGGUGGUUGGGGAUGCCCUCAAGGAAGUCAUGGAGGAAAAAUGGAUCAUUAGCUACUGCCACAAACUGUUUCCUUUUGGAUCAAGACUCCUCAGUAGGCUAAAUGAUUGCAAUGAUGCAGCAGUGAAAAAACAUCCACAAAAGGAGGCAGAUGAAAACACAGCUAGAAGAAUAAAGGCAGACCAAAGCCAGUCCAGCCAGAAUCUGGACCACACUGUGAGGAGGAAAAGAAAGAGGAGGAGCAAAAAAAUUGUGGAUGAAACUCCAACUGAACAUUUGAGGCGUUCAUUUUGGCAGCUGGACAGAAGACACAGCAUUGGACCGCGGCGAACAACAAGAUUUUCAGAUAAAAUCUCAACGAAGCGAAGGAUUAGGCAACCAAAGUGGCUGUUGGAAGACUCUGGCUCUCUGGAAGAAAAUGUUGUCCCGUCUAAGUUUAGAAGGAUGAGGCAGCAAGGCAUGGGCUGGAAAAAGGCUGAUUCUGGACAAAUUAAGAACAAUUCAAAACGUAAACUCAAGGCAGACGAAGACUUAAAAGCAGCACAACCUGAGGAGGAGAAACUGAAAGAAUUGCCUUUGGAUUGUGUUGAGCCACAAAUCAUUCUGGAGAUGUCCCUGCCUGACAACGAGCUCCCUGGAACAUUUUCUGAAGAAGUGCUCCUCGAUCCCAGACGAUUCGCUCCAAAUGUCCUUUUCAAACAGACUUUGAAUGUUCAGGUGGAGGCUCCGGCUGCAAAGGCAGCCCACAGAAAAGAAGUCAUCCUCCGAGCCAGGGAUUUAACCAUGCUAGUUCAACUGCUUCAUUGUUAUGGACCCAGGAGAAAAGGAAGCAGCAGUGGCACCAAUGUUCCUGGAUCAGUGUCAACAAUCACACGCUCAUCGGUUCAAGCAAGUCCCACAAAGACUCCUCCCCGAGAAAAUAGGAGUGCAGUCGCUAAAUCCAAAUCCCAUAAUGGGCUUGAUACAGAACUUGGUUCACAAACGAGAGCCUCCUUGCCGAACAGAGUCUACAGUGUACGAAGAAAAAAAUGCGAUCCUGGGGAGGAGCCUGCUGUGGAGAUUAAUGUCAGCAUUGCAUCACCAGCCGGUGCCAUGGAUAAGUUGCCACAGCGUACAGCUGACAACGAAACCAGUCUGUCACCAAAUCUAAACGUCUCCCAAACUGAAGUUCAAGAUCACAAGCCGCCUCUGUCACCAUGCAAAGAGGCUCCUCCAAAUGCAGUUGCGCUCCAGCGUUGUACUUCGAAUCUUAAGGCGGGUGUGAAAGAGCCUGUAGAACAUCUGUCUGAGAGGUCAGAGGUCACACAUCCACCUGCACAACCCUCUGGACCGUCCCGAGAGCAGAAUGAUCCCAAAGUUCAGCCCAGCCAUCAGCCAACAGGCAGCGUGGAGUCCAUGUCCAGCAAGUCGGAUGCUCAAAACAACUUUGAAGCUACUACUGCUUUAUCUGCCUCUGGAAACCCUGAGCGUCUUCUAUUGAAUGAGGAGGAUGCGUCCGACAACGACAUGGAGCCUAGUGAGUCCACCAUUCUCUCAGAAGAAUCAAGGUUGGUGUUCUCUUGUACUUCCUGCCAAAAGGUCUUCAAGGGUAGCCGGGUAGUGGAGCAUGCAAUGUUCCAUUUCCGCAAGGACGAGUGCAUGUUUUGUUGGACCACUUUUAAAGAUGACCUCUUGGCUAUGAUGCACAUGUCGGACCAUAUUGAGAAGCUUAAGAAGGUCGCAAACAAAACCCCAGACGGCUGCGUGGCUGCGGCCAAGAGUAGUGCUAAACCCAAGACACUUCCAAAACCUAAAAGUCCGUCCAGUGCUGCGACAGGCAGUCGCGCUGGAAUGCUCAGAAGCUCAGCAGGCCAUCACAAAUCCUCAAGAGUUGCUGGUGAAGUGAAGUCUGAGGAACCUUUGAGAAAACAGAGUUUUCACAAGCUGAAUGGUCAUGUGAGCAACAAGAAUUCACUUGGCCGAAGAACAUGCACGAUGUCCAAGUCCAAAAUCAAGUGGUUGCUCCGGCAGAGAGAAAGAACUCCAGCCAGCGUGGAAAAUCAAGCCGAUAAUCAGUCAGCAGAGACAUGUAAACGUGGCAAGAUUCUGUCGGCUUCAGGUCAACAAAACAAAAAUCAGUCUUGGCUUCAGCAAAAUGAAAAUGUGCCUGUGAGGAUGUUGAGGAUCCAUGAAUUCAGAAAAGACACCAAACACAAGGUGAAGGAGGAGAGCCUGAGGUCUCUGGAGAAGGUCCACUGUCCAGCAGAGGGCUGCACCUGGAACACUGACCUUACAAAGAAUCGGGUGGCGCUCUUGUACCACGCUUUGGAGAACCAUCGCGGGGACAAAAGACCUUUAGAAUUGUCAUUUGAAAUUGCUAAUAGUAAGUGUAGUAUUUGCAUGAGAGUUCUGUGGAGCUUUGAACACUUUCAGCACCACGUCGAGAGACACAGACUCACUCCUCGACAUCCUUGUUUGCAUCAAGGGUGCACUGCUCGAUUUAAAACUGGGAUGGAGAUGAGACGGCACGCGAGAAUGCAUAAUCCCCUGCAGGCAAGAUGCUGUCGACCUGGCUGCUCUAAACUCUUCAUUUGUCUCUGGGCGCUUAACCUGCACGAGAAGGAUCACUAUGCUGUUAAAUCCAGCAAAGAGUCGAGGUGCAACAACACUCAGAUCCAUGAUGCUACUCAGGUGUGCGCAAAAAAGAAUAGAAAAUGUGAGCCAGACGCUUCGGUUGGCGGGUCCAGCGCUGCUCCUGACUCGGCUCCAUCAGGAGUACUGAAAACGGAAAGUGAUUCGGAGCAUGCUGCCGAACAGCAGAAUCUCUCUCUGUCGCCCAAGGACACUUCCCCAGCUCAAGAAAAACAUCUUGAUGCUUCCAAAACUCUGAAAGCACUGUCGUCCUUUCUGUUGAAACACAGGUGUAAAAUGGAGCCUCAUUCAACGCAGAGCUCACUUCAGGUCAGUCGGCGUAAACAAGGGCGUCCGUGCAAGCGGAAGGAAGAGGAGUCUUUGUCUACGGACUCUGAGACUGUAGAAGUCAGGUCUGGUCACACCAAGUCGGAGGACGAAAUGACUCGCGUGGACUCUGGAGUUCGUCGGAGAAGGGGCCGUCCUUCUAAAGUGAAGGAAAGCAGUAGCGGUGAUGGGUCGACAGUCGGUGGCGUCAAGGAAGAAGCUGCUGAGAUCUCGGUCACGGGGGCCAGGUUGGAAGACUCUCUCCCAGGUGGCACUGAUGUUCAGAGGAGGGGGAGGGGUCGCCCUCCUAAACUGAGACCAGGAACAAACUGUGUCAAAGAUGAAACUGCUCACACGCCUGUGAUAACCGACACGCUCGACAGCAAAGAAGAAGAACCGCUCCAGUCUCAGAGACGGGGGCGCCCCCUGAAGCUGAGGAGAGGAAUGCCCAACAAUAAGUGGAAAGCAAGCUCAAAGACGGGGUCUGCGCGUGAUGCUAGUCUCCAGAACACAAGCGCGACUACCAGGAUUAAAAACAAGUGGCAGCGAGUUCGGCUGAACGCGAAGGUCCGCAGAAAAGGACGGAUAGGUUUCAACGUAAAAAAGGCAGGGCCUGAUGGCUUCACCAGUCAGAAGAAAAGAGCCGUCAAACUAGGCCACAGGGCCACGGACCAAGCUACGGAAGAUGUCACCGGAAAGGCCGUGAACCAGCAAGUCCAAGAGGUGAUGAGGCAGAGCGCUGACUCCAGUGACACCAGCUGCAGCCCAGAUGCUGGCAGUGAGAAGUCAGGGCUGACGAAGAAGCGCUCCAUUGAAGUGGUUGGGGGUGUGGCUUCCUGCCCCAGUCAACCCAAGAAGCCUGACAUGGAAGACGAGGCAACUGGAAGCAUGAAACGGCAAACCAGAGCGCUGCCUGAUGAAGGUCCGCCAGGGGAAGCUCUGCCAGAGGAAGGACAGGGAGCCGGCGGUGAUGCGCCACAGAUUGCGUUGGGCUCUUUAAAAGAGGCGGAGCUACAGAUGCCUGUCAGGAAGAAGCCUUGUCUGAAAACCCGGUCCAAACACAGCAACCCGUCAGUUAAGGAGGAGGGGGGCAGGAUAUGCGUGGACACACUGAUGGAGUACGGCAAGAAGCCGUACCUGCGGCUGCCGCCCACGGCCUACCUGGACGAGAAGUACACCACCAUGCCACGGCGGAAGAAGGAGAUGCUAGACCAACAUAUGUCUCAAGCAAGUAGCCUCCAGGAGCCUGCCAGCGCCGUGGCCGGCCAGCAGAGGCACCGCUGCACCGACUGCUUCGCCGUCUUCAGCAGCGCGCUGCAGCUGCAGGAGCACCGGCAGCGCCGAAGCUGCUCCAAUCUCUUUGGGUUUGACUCCGACGAGGAGGGAAACGGUUGAGCUUCUGUGGACGACAGGAGCGGAGCGUGGAGAGGCGUCCUUCAGUGGUGGACCUGAGAAGCAGCCAUUGACCAAUGACUACUGAACGCGGAGCCCGCGGGACUUUCUGCACAUGUCCUUGAACUCAAGUGCCUGCUUUGGAGCCACUGUAUGGUUUCCCGCCACUCGCCCAACAUAGACGGUCAAGAGAGGACUUUCUGAAGCUGUGAAUAAGGUCCUGCACUCGUCAGCAUCCGUUUCCCUCACCAAGCCAUACCUUUUGCUUUUUGCACUCCAAAGGAAGCGAGCGGUCUCUGCUUCCCUUUGCUAAUGACUUUCUCACCAUAGCAUCCACAAUAGCUGCACCCAAACAUGUUUGACACCAGGAUGAGUGACUUGUAGAGGCCAGUGUUUCUCUGCAGUGUGUGUGUGUGUGGUCACUUUGUUUUUGCCAUCAAUUUUACAGUCGCUUUUUAGAACCCGUUUUCUCCUCCUUUUUAAUCACCGCUUCAUGAGUAACACGCUACUUAAUUUAAUGCAAGCCUUUCGCACUCAUUAACGUCCGAGGAGCUGCAGACACUCUGGGCGUUGAGGGCCAACUCUGCUGCCAGGACGUGCCGAGGAAGCCCACCAGGAUGUGACAAGAGAGACAUUAAACCAGAGCUGCAGGUUGUAUUUAUUGGUUUUAUUUUCUAUAUUUUGUACAUAAAUGAAGAGUUUCAACUGCUUGUUAUAUAAGGGAUUAUUGGAAAUGGCUUUCUAUUUUGUUCUUGAGGAAAGAAUAAAAGUAAUUUCAAAUU